UUACUACGCCUUCUCAUUUAAAACAGAGAUGGAUCGUAAUCGCCGCAACUUCCUACGUGAGAAUAAAUUGAGUUUACGUGAACUACAACGUGUAACUUGUAAAAAUAGGAUGCAACAGCAGCAAGAACAAGUGAUGCGAGAACAAAGAUAUAAUGGACGACGUUCCCAAUCGCAGCAACGUAACAAUUACAAUGGAUUAGAUAAACAAAUCAACACGCGGUGUCCAUCAUUGACAAGAGUGCCUAGCGGAUGUGUGGUUCGCGCCCCUGUUGCCGGUAGUAUUGGCGAUGGAGGUAAUCAUAUUGUCCGAAACAGCGUUUCUCGUACAGGUAGUACAAAUACCGUAAAAUCUGUGCAUAAGCAAGUUCAAACUGAAGAUAUACAAGAUGAACAAUUUCUAUACGACGCCCUAAAGCGCUGCACCACCAAUGAUUGUCAGUCCCAUUUGAAUCGCCUACAGCUAAAUAUUACUCCUCGUUCCAAUCAUACCGCAUUGGAUGCACAAAGCCGAAAUUCGUUUUACCCACCACCAGUUAAUAAUGCAGGCCAAGCAGGCUGUCCAAAUACCACGGAAAAUUCGUGUACCACGCGGCAACACCCUCACAUGCAAGAUCAAUACGAAAAUCAUCACAACAAUGAACAACCUCACGACGGACUGCAAAAGGAGAAUACAACUGAAGACGACGAUGAAGAUGUAGUGGGCAGUUUGAGUGCUGAACCCUUAUAUGUGCUUGACUCCUCAUCUAAAUACAACUUAGCACCAACGCCACGCUCACAGCAACACUUCAGCAACGGUUACAAUAUGGUGGAAAGCGAUGGAUUACCACCUACUACAACAAUGCAAUCAUCAUAUGAACCACCUGACCAACAAAAGCAGCAACAAAAACAAUCGCAAGCACGUCAGUACCGUAUGCAACCACAUGUAC